CGCCAAUGGGCGGCGGCCACGGCAGGGAACGCGCGGCGCGUGGGCUGGGGGCGGGGCAGGCAGGCUCUAGUAGCGGCGGCCGAGGAAGCAGGGGGCAGCCAUGGGGGCGCGUGCCGUGGGCCGUCUUUGGUGGGGCACAGUGAGCUGCACGUUAUUCCUGGCAGUUAAUGGUUUAUAUUCAGCCAGUGAUGAUGUGAUAGAGCUAACACCAACUAACUUCAACAAGGAAGUCAUUCAGAGUGAGAGCCUGUGGCUUGUGGAGUUCUAUGCCCCAUGGUGUGGUCAUUGUCAAAGACUAACCCCUGAGUGGAAGAAAGCAGCGACAGCAUUAAAAGGUGUAGUGAAGGUAGGUGCAGUAGAUGCAGAUAAGCAUCAGUCCUUGGGUGGACAGUAUGGAGUCAGAGGAUUUCCAACUAUCAAGAUAUUUGGAGCCAACAAAAACAAAGCAGAGGAUUAUCAGGGUGGCAGGACAAGUGAUGCCAUUGUCGAUGCUGCUCUAAGUGCUCUUCGGUCCCUGGUGAAAGACCGUCUCAGUGGUAGAAGUGGAGGAUAUAGUUCUGGAAAACAGGGCCGAGAGAGUGGAGGUGGAGAUAAGAAGGAUGUGAUUGAGCUGACUGAUGACAGCUUUGAUAAGAACGUCAUAAACAGUGACGAUGUGUGGAUGGUGGAGUUUUAUGCCCCAUGGUGUGGGCACUGCAAAAACUUGGAGCCAGAAUGGGCAGCUGCUGCCACUGAGGUGAAGGAACAAACAAAGGGAAAAGUAAAGCUGGCUGCAGUAGAUGCAACAGUCAAUCAGAUGCUGGCAGGCCGAUACGGGAUUCGUGGAUUUCCCACAAUUAAAAUCUUCCAGAAAGGAGAAGACCCUGUUGAUUAUGAUGGUAGCAGAACUAGAUCUGAUAUAAUUGCUCGUGCUCUGGAUCUAUUUUCGGAUAAUGCCCCACCACCUGAGCUCCUGGAGAUAAUUAGUGAAGAUGUUCUGAAGAGUACCUGUGAUGCUCAUCAGCUCUGCAUCAUUUCUGUCCUGCCUCAUAUUCUUGACACAGGAGCUUCAGGGAGGAAUUCUUACCUGGAUGUCAUGUUAAAAAUGGCUGAAAAAUACAAAAAGAAAAUGUGGGGGUGGCUGUGGACAGAAGCAGGUGCUCAGUCAGAUCUUGAGAGCUCUUUGGGGAUUGGAGGCUUUGGGUAUCCAGCAAUGGCAGCCAUUAAUGCUCGGAAGAUGAAAUUUGCCCUUUUGAAAGGAUCGUUCAGUGAGCAAGGGAUUAAUGAGUUUCUCAGGGAACUGUCUGUUGGUCGUGGCUCUACAGCACCGGUGGGUGGUGGAGCUUUCCCUAAAAUUCAUUCAGUUGAACCUUGGGAUGGCAAAGAUGGUGAGCUUCCAGUUGAAGAUGAUAUUGAUCUUAGUGAUGUGGAUUUGGAUGACUGGGAGAAAGAUGAGCUGUGAGAUCUUCAGGAAACCUCUUUUCUUGGGAGAGUUUGUGCAGCAGUUUGCAGCCUGGUUCACAAUCAGAUGGAUAUUCCCGUGGCCUUUUUAUGGAGAAAUAGCACGUGACACACUGUGCUAUCUGAUGCACUGCAGCAGUGAACUGUACACAUCUCAAGAAAACAUUGCAGAAAUUCUAUGAAUUGUCAUAACCAGUAAACUUGAUUGUAUUCUGUGUAACAAAUAUUUUGAGGACAACAUGGAUAUUUCUUUGGAACAUCUUGGGUUUUAUUUUGUUGAUAGUGUGCUGUUUGAGUGUUAUUGGAGGCUGUUAGUGUAACCAAUUUUAAAUGUGAUAUUUUUUCAUGGAGGUGGAACCUGGUCAGCUUCUGUUUCAAUUAAAGAAUAAACCAGAAUAUUUUUGACACACACUGUUAGUCUUGUAUAGAGUAACAAAGGUGCCCAUGAUAAAAGGUAUCUUAUUUUGGAUGACUCUUGAAAAAUGAACGGUAGAAUAGAGAGGCCAGUGCAGAGGGAGAGUCCUAAACCACCCCCUUGCUGUGAACGAUCUUGACAGUUUGGCCCAAAGCCUGAUUAGACAGACAAUCUUGGUUUAAAUGCUCUUUAGUCUUCCUUUUCCUAUUCCUUCUCAGGGGCUUUCUCUUUUUGUGCCAGACUUUAAGAUCAUUAAUGCAACAGAAGAGGGGUUGCUGCUGCAGUGGGAGACACUGGGAGCUGUUGGUCUUUUCCCCAGGAUGAGCAGUAAAGCUAAUCCCCAUUUUAGGGCAUGAGGAUUUCCAGGUGCUAAUAGAAAAACACCACGGUGCUGUCUCCAGCGAAUUGGAUCUAGUAUCUCCUCACUUUCCAUCUGGCAUUGUUUUGAUUUGAAAUUGCUAUUUCCUUGGAAGGGGAAUUGGGAAUAGGGAUGGUUGCUGCUGCUUUUUUAAUAAAUAUAUCAUUAUUUUAUUGCUCUCCAUGUCUUGUGUAUCAAGGUCUAGUGAAGUGAUCAGCUUGUUUAUAAAUAAGGAAUGAAAGAACUGAAAUUUCCCCUCCUUUCAAGGAAAUAACUUAAUUCGGAUAUUUGUCACCUGGUGUUGGUAAGAGAUCGCCUAUAGCUCAUCCCUAUGGAAGGUGGUGUAAGAACCAUCAGUAACCAACUGCAACUUGACUGCUGAUGUGGUGCAGGAAAUGCGCUCCCACUCUAACUCCUCCCAGCAGAUGAGAUCUGAUGGAACUGUUCUUACUGAAAUGUCUUCACAAAAACUAAACUUAUGAGUACUUGGGACUGUAAGUCACACUACAGUAAGUUCCACAGCAGUUUUGAGGAUCUUUCUUCUUUAGCUUUUUUUUUAAUUAAAAAAAAAAAAAAAAACUUUGGGUUUUGCUCUGAUGCUUUCUACUUCUCUGGGUUUUUUUUAAGUUUGCUUUGUUAGAAAAACAGGACUGUGCACAUCUAGUAGAUCCGUUAGCCACCACACACUUUUUAAAUGGUUUUAUUUCAAGUCCAGUAGAUAGUCCAUCUUUGUAACUUCCCCAAAAAAAAAUAAAUACUACCAUAGUA